ACACACACUUUAUCCAAACACACAACAACACGGCUGCAGAGCCGGGUUUCAUCUGGAUCAGCAUCAGCAGCAUCAGCAGCAUCGCUGCCUGCAAGAGACAAAGAGGCAGACAGGAAGAGGAAGAGGAGGAGGGGAUCUUCAUCGUUCGAGGACAGGAAGAGCAUCCCGGCCUCCAGCUGCCUCCGUCCGUCAUGGCCGACCACAUGUUCCUGCUGCGGUGUGUCUGAGCGCGGCGGUCCGGGUGGGUGUGUUCGCUGCGUCCGCUGUGGUCGCUCCUCUGCCUCGGUGUGUGUGAGGGCGUGUGUGUGUGUGUGUUAUGGGGAACACAGAGAGCAUGGAGAGCCAGCUGGCCGUGAUCCGGUCCAGAGCCGCCCCGGUCCGACUGCCGAUGCCCGACCCGGCGGAGCUGGAGGAGCGGUUCUCCAUCGCCCUGAAUUCGAUGAACCUACCUCCAGACAAGGUGCGUCUGCUGCGUUCCUAUGACAACGAGAAGAAGUGGGAGCUGAUCUGCGAUCAGGAGAGAUUCCAGGUGAAGAACCCCCCCCAUACCUACAUCCAGAAACUUAGAGGCUUCCUUGAUCCGGCUGUGACGCGAAAGAAGUUCAGACGAAGAGUUCAAGAGUCGACGCAAACGCUCAGAGAGCUCGAGAUUUCUCUGCGUACAAACCACAUCGGCUGGGUCAGAGAGUUUCUAAAUGAGGAGAAUCGAGGGUUGGAUGUUCUGGUCGAGUAUUUGUCCUUCGCUCAGUACGCCGUCACGUUUGAUGGUGAGCAGUCAGACACCGGCAGCGAGGUGGGCUCCAUCGACUCGCCCUGGAGUCGCUCCAUUGAGGAUCUCCAUGGUGACUGCAGCCUCCCGUCGCCGUCCUCGUCCAUUUCCCGCUCGGCCCGACACUCCAUCAGCUCGGCCCUGGUGACCCGAUCCAACACGCUGCCGAGUCGCCGAACCCUGAAGAACUCACGACUUGUCUGCAAGAAGGAUGACGUCCAUGUCUGCAUCAUGUGUCUGAGAGCCAUCAUGAACUACCAAUACGGCUUCAACAUGGUGAUGUCCCAUCCGCACGCCGUCAACGAGAUCGCUCUGAGUCUGAACAACAGGAACCCCAGGACCAAAGCGCUGGUUCUGGAGCUGCUGGCGGCCGUGUGCCUGGUCCGAGGAGGACAUGAGAUCAUCCUGGCAGCUUUUGACAACUUCAAAACCGUGUGUAACGAGUCGAUGCGUUUCGAGAAGCUGAUGGAGCAUUUCAAGAACGAAGACGACAACAUCGACUUCCUGGUGGCGUGCAUGCAGUUCAUCAACAUCGUGGUUCACUCGGUGGAGGACAUGAACUUCAGAGUUCACCUGCAGUACGACUUCACCAAGCUGAACCUGGAGGAACACCUGGAGAGGCUGAAGCACACGGAGAGCGACCGGCUGCAGGUCCAGAUCCAGGCUUACCUGGACAACGUGUUCGACGUCGGGACGCUGCUGGAGGACGCAGAGACCAAAACCGCUGCUCUGGAGAGAGUGGAGGAAUUGGAGGAGAACCUCGCUACGAUGUCGGAGCGGCUGCUGGAUGUGGAGAACGAAGCCAUGCUGAAGAUCGUGGAGCUGGAGAAGCAGCUGAUGCAGACCAACAAAGAGCUGGACCAGCUGCGGGAGGUGUACGCCAGCGCCAACACCCAGGUUCACACCCUGAGGCGGAUAGUUCGAGAGAAAGACCAGACGAUCCGCCGCCAGAGUCGCCUGGAGCGCCAGGCGCAGGAGGCGCAGCAGUCGGGCGGACCCGGAGCACCGCAACCUCAGAGGGGCGAGGGCGACGGGGGCGUGGCCGACUCCGCCUCCCCGUCGCCGCCGCCGUGUCCCACGCUGUCCCCCAGCCCGGAGACGGUGGCCUAUCACAGCAUGGGACCGGGGCUGGGCGGGGCUCCAGGCAUGCCGGCUCCGCCCCCUCCGCCUCCACCUCCACCGCCUAUGCCAAGCUCAGUUUCCAACGGACCGUAUCCGGCCCCGCCCCCUCCCGCACCGCCACCCCCUCCGCCGCCGCCCCCCCCCUGCAGGACCAGCGAGCUCUCCUCCGUCCCCAUGGCCCCGCCCCCUCCUCCUGUGGCCCCGCCCCUGCCAGGGUCAGGGGGUUCAGCGACCGUCAUCUUUAACUCUGGCCUCGCAGAGGGUCCGCUCAAGUUGUUCUCCGUGAAGAUCAAGAAGCCGAUCCAGACCAAGUUCCGGAUGCCAGUGCUGAACUGGGUCGCCCUGAAGCCCAGCCAGAUCAACGGAACCGUCUUCAACGACAUCGACGACGAGUCCAUCCUGCAGGACCUGGACAUGGAGGGCUUCGAGGAGCUGUUCAAAACCAAGGCCCAGGGCCCGGCAGUGGACCUGACGCUGUCCCGCCAGAAGCUGCCCCAGAAAGCCCCGUCCAAGGUGUCGCUGCUGGAGGCCAACCGGGCCAAGAACCUGGCCAUCACCCUGAGGAAGGCCGGCCAGGCCUCAGAGGUCAUCUGCCGAGCCAUCCACACGUUCGACCUCCGGACCGUUCCUGUGGACUUCGUUGAGUGUCUGACGCGCUUCAUCCCGACGGAGGCCGAGGUCAAGCUGCUACGGCAAUACGAGAGGGACAGGAAGCCGCUGGAGGCUCUGAGCGACGAGGAUCGCUUCAUGAUGCAGUUCAGCCGCAUCGAGCGGCUCAGCCAGCGCAUGACCAUCAUGACCUUCAUGGGAAACUACGCAGACAACAUCCAGAUGCUGACGCCGCAACUCCACGCCAUCAUCGCUGCGUCGGUUUCCAUCAAAUCGUCUCAGAAGCUGAAGAAGAUCCUGGAGAUCAUCCUGGCUCUGGGGAACUACAUGAACAGCAGCAAGAGGGGAGCCGUGUACGGCUUCAAGCUGCAGAGCUUGGACCUGCUGCUGGAGACCAAAUCGACGGACCGGAAGCAAACGCUGCUGCACUACAUCUCCAACGUGGUGCGAGAGAAAUAUCCCGGAGUCACGCUGUUUUACAACGAGCUGCACUACGUGGACAAAGCCGCCGCAGUGAGCCUGGAGAACGUCCUGUGUGACGUAAAAGAGCUGCAGCGCGGCAUGGAGCUCACCUGGAGGGAGUUCAGCGUUUCCCACAAUGCCACGCUGAAAGACUUCAUCAGCAGGAACGAGUCCCGCCUCAACAAGCUGCAGGAGGACGCUCGCAUCGCGCAGGACGCCUUCGAAGACGCCGUGAAGUUCUUUGGGGAAAGCUCCAAAACGAUGCCGCCGUCCGUCUUCUUCCCCAUCUUUGUGCGCUUCAUCAAAGCCUACAGGGUUGCGGAGGAGGAGAACGAGCAGAGGAGGCGCCAGGAGCAGAUGCUGCUGGAGAAACUGGAGCAGGAGGAGCAGCAGGAGGAGGCGGAGACCAAGUCUCCAUCGCACAAAGGCAAGCGGCAGCAGCAGGAGCUGAUCACGGAGCUCAGACGGAAGCAAGGCAAAGACAGCCGGCACGUUUACGAAGGGAAGGACGGCGCCAUCGAGGACAUCAUCACAGCACUGAAGACGGUUCCCUUCACGGCCCGGUCGGCCAAACGCAGCUCUCGCUUCUUCUGUGACCCCACCCACUCUGAGGAGCAUUACUGAGCUGGCCACGCCCACUCCGGAGCAACGGGACCAAUGAGCACUUUGAACUUUUCUGAUGGUUAAUGUGAACGGAUCAUGUUUUAGUUUCCUGGUCGCUUGCCGGGAACCCAGACCUGCUACGGACCUCUGGUGCUUUCAGAACAAACCCAAAUGCCUUCAAACAUGGCGGAGGCAACGCUGACCUGAACAUCUGCCCAACAUGGCUGCUGGGUGGAAACCCAUGAGCUGCUAGAGGUCUGAUUCAAACAUAAGGUGCCAUUAAACCCCCCUGGGUUCAGUUUACCACGGUGCUAUAGACCUCCCCUCCACUGGGGGCGCUGCAGGCCGACAGGUCUGAGGUUCUGUGGUGGUUCUGGGUUCCUCCGGUCUGCGUCCGCUUGUACAGGGUUCAACUCUUCUCACUGCGUCGUAUUCUUCUAUCUUCUGUUGUAUUUACUGGCCUUACAGAUCCACAGCGCCGGAACCCAAAUCAGCUCAACCGGGUCUCCUGAACCCAAACAAACUCUGUUAAUCUGGACCUUUAAUCCUGAAGAAACACCUCUGUUCUUCACAUUAUUCACCUGAGACUCAGCAGAGUCGGGAACAUCGACCAGAAAUCAUUGUUUCUGCCUCUGUUGGGUCCAAAAGGUGCUGCAGGCCACAACAGAACCAGCAGGCUUCUGUAGUUUGGACCCAACAAACUGCGAAACAUGCUGCAAACAGGAAACAUACAAAAAGCAAAAAAAUCCAACAGCAAAAAACUGCAACCACGGGAGACAAAAGGAAAAAAAUCCUAGAAACAGAAUUCCUCCAGACCACUAGAGGGAGUCUGAAGAAAUGUGCUACAGUUCAAUAAAACUGAAAGAAAGGAAGUAUAGCGAAACUUUUUCUACCAAGUUUCCUAUUGACAUCCCAUUUU